UCAAAGCAGUAACCAUGACGAGCAAAGGCCUUUCCGGAGAAUCAACUCCCCCUGCCGGUGGUGCGGUGCCCCGCAUCCAUCCAUCCCAAAAGCCCCGGCCUUUCCAUCUUGUUCGGUUGUUCCCUGCUUCUGUUCAACUCGCUCCACAAUUCCAUUCCGUUUCUCCAUUUGCAUCAAUAGGACCUUAGGAGAGCGCGCACGGGCAGGGAAUCCCCAAGAAAGCAAGAACUGUUGGCGCCGGAGAGGAGCAGGGUGGUUGGUACCGCGCGCGCGCGUAUGGGAUGAGAGGGUGGUGCUUGAGGGGCGUGGUCCGGGAAUGGAGAACGUAGAUAGGGCGGGGGCAGGGGCCGUCGGCAGCGCCGGCAGCCUCGGCCUCCGCGUCGGGCAGGCUGCCUUCUCGUCGGCGUCCCUGCUGUUCAUGUCCGUCGGCGUCGAGUUCUUCAGCUACACCGCCUUCUGCUUCCUGGUCACGAUCAUGGGUCUGGUCAUCCCCUGGAGCUGCACGCUCGCCAUGAUCGACGUGUACUCCAUACUUGUAGGAUGCCCUCUUCGCGUGCCUGGCGUCAUGGUUAUCGUUGUUGUGGGAGACUGGGUCCUGUCGAUACUCUCGUUUGCAGCUGCCUGCUCGAGCGCCGCGGUCAUCGAUCUCCUCCUCCAAUUCCACGGAUCCCACUGUUCCCCGAGGUUCUGCGGGAGGUACCAGUUGUCUGCCAUGAUGGCGUUCUUGUCCUGGUUCUUGACGGCUGCUUCAGCGGUCUUCAACUUCUGGUUCAUCGCCUCCCGAUGAUCACUGUAACUGCUGAAUUAAUUCCAGAAAAUGGUUCCGGACA